AUGCUCGACGUCGAUCUGAGCACAAUGAGUCCGGCGCGUUUGUUCGCCAUGUACACCUCGAAUUUGGCAUGGUCCCUAUUUUUGACGUCGACGGCACUUCACGCCAUCGCUCUCAUCACUAGUCCGAUGCAAGCCGUCUACAAAUGGGUGCGGCGGCAGAGCAGCGACAGCGACACGCCGAUUCCCUACAUUUGCGCUGUCGUCGGCUCAUCGCUUUGGCUUCGCUACGCGAUAUUUCUGCGCGAGACCAAGCUCGUCCUAUUGCAAUCCUACGCCGUCUCAAUGCAAUCAUUCUUCGUGUUCGCCUUGCUCUUCUAUCGCUCGAAGCGGAGAAAGUUGAUUCGACUACUUGCCAUUAUUGCCGCCGUUAUGUUCUUGCUGUUCUACUAUAUUAACAAUUUGAAUGAUGAGGAUGGAAAGGAGUUCACCGGCCGCAUCGCGUCGUCUGCUCAAAUCGCUGGCUCUCUCGUCUGCCCGUACCUCAUCUAUAAAGCAGUAACAUCAAAAUGCAUUGAUUUUGUGCCAUUGGCGCCAGUGGUCUUCACCUGGGUGAUGGAAAUGCACGCGAUCAUUUAUAGUAUUGGAAUCGACGAUUUUUACAUGCUGCUAGCCAAUACAAUAUUCUUCUGUAUGGACGGCUCACUGCUCUCGAUGUUUUUCAUCUACCCGACGGAGAAAUAUCAGAAGACGUCGCCAAUUCCAACAGUGAUGUGA